CACCCUUGUGUCCCUCUCCCUCUCUUCAACUUCCUUGCCGCUACCGCUUGUAAUAAAGUCCUUGAACAGUCGGUCCUUGACCCUGAGGAUUCGCCCCGUUUUCCAUCUCUGGCCUGAUCUCAGGCUCUGGUUCACUAUACUUGAAUCAACCUCGUGGUGAAUCAAUCCUUAGGUUUCAGCGCAUAUCAUAUUUGGGCGGCGGCGGCGGUUCUCUUCCACAGUAGCGUCGCAAUGAAGCUGGACGUGAACGCCUUGAGAUAUCUCUCUAAGGAUGAUUUCAGAGUUCUCACUGCGGUCGAAAUGGGAAUGCGCAAUCAUGAAAUUGUGCCUACAGAACUCGUGGCCCGCAUAGCCUCUCUCAAACACGGGGGUGCUUACAAAGUCUUGAAGAAUUUGCUAAAGCAUAAGCUCUUGCAUCAUGACUCCUCCAAAUAUGAUGGGUUUCGGCUCACCUACCUUGGUUAUGAUUUUCUUGCUAUUAAGACCCUGCUUAACCGAGGAGUUUUUGUGGCUGUUGGUCGUCAAAUUGGGGUUGGAAAAGAGUCUGAUAUCUUUGAGGUUGCCAGUGAAGAUGGUACAGUCCUAGCAAUGAAGUUGCACAGACUCGGUAGAGUUUCUUUUAGAGCUGUUAAAUCUAAGCGUGACUAUUUGAGGCAUCGUACUAGUUAUAAUUGGCUGUAUCUAUCUCGGCUUGCCGCUCUCAAAGAGUUUGCUUUUAUGAAGGCUUUGGAAGAACACAGUUUUCCUGUUCCACGUGCUGUGGACUGUAAUAGGCAUUGUGUGAUUAUGUCACUCGUCCAAGGUUACCCUCUUGUCCAGGUCAAGCAAGUGCAAAAUCCAGAUAUGGUUUUUGAAAGGAUCAUUGGUCUUGUGGUUCGUAUGGCAGAACAUGGCCUCAUUCACUGUGACUUCAACGAAUUCAAUAUUAUGAUAGAUGAUGAUGAGAAGGUCACCAUGAUUGAUUUUCCACAAAUGGUAUCUGUAGACCAUCGUAAUGCGCAGAUGUACUUUGAUCGUGAUGUUGAAUGCAUCUUCAAGUUUUUUAGAAAGAGGUUCAACCUAUCUUUUGAAGAAAGCCCAGAUGAAAAUGAUGGUUCAGAGGUAGACACAGAUGAAAGUGGCAGGCCUCGCUUUUCUUCAAUAGCAAAAGGUGUUGGUUUUCUAGACAAGGAACUUGCAGCUAGUGGAUUUACUAGAAAGGAUCAAGAAGACAUUGAGAAGUUCAUUGAAGGAGGGAUUGAAAAGGAUGCGGAUUCAGGCGAUGAAGAAAGUGAGGAUGAUGGACACAAUUCUGACUCUGAGUUAAAUAAAUCUUAUAUCAAUGGUGUUGAUUCUCUGCACUUGUUAGAUCAGCAAGAGCAGACAAUUCACUGUGAUGAAGAAGCCAGAGUAGAGGAGAACCAAGAAAAUUCUGAAACAGGUCAAAGUCAAACCAGCGUACCUGAAUGUCCAGAUGCGAGUGACAAGGAGGAAGAGAACCAGACUAUGAAUAUUAAUGAUGCUGAAUUGACGAAGCGUUUGAGAAAGCAGAAUCGGCGUGUCAUAGCAUCAGUGCGUGGAGGACGAAAGAGUCUUGCCUCCAGAAACAGCUACAAAGACAAGGGUGGCAGUUCUUCUCGAAAUUCCAAAAUCCAGAAACAAAUGAGCGACUGGUAAAAUUUUGUGAAAGAAACGUCAUGUGGUUUAUGGUGAAGAAGUUGUGAGAGGAACUAUGACCAUUUGCUGGCAUAACUCUGACCAUCAAAAAAGCAUGGUGAUGGGAAGUAGGAAAACAAACCCAAAUCGCUUUGUAACUACCAGAGAAGCUUAUAAUAUAGCGGGGGAGAUAUGGCUUGCCCUGUUCCAAGAUUUUUUGUAUUACAAAGUUAUUAUCUACAUGUGGUAAUAUAAAAGACUUGGUAAAUUAUAGAUUUAUUUAAA